AUGGAAGUCAACGACAAGUUCUUUGCCCGGGACGAUGUCUUCUGGGAAAACUACCUGAAGGGCCGACCCCGAGUGCCCGACUCCUUUUUCGACCGCAUUUUCGACUACCACAAGGCCAAGGGCGGACAUUUUGGGACCGUCCACGAUGUUGGCGCAGGCAACGGUCCCUAUGCCCUGCGACUGCGCUCCCGUUUCGAUCAUGUUAUCGUCUCCGAUAUCGUGGCGAACAAUAUUGAAUUAGCCCGCCGUCGCCUACAAGGGGAGGAGGGCUUCAGCUUCCGCACGGCCCGGCUGCAAGACGCCGACGAUAUCGCGGCCGGCAGCGUCGACAUGGUCUUCGCAACCAACGUGAUGCAUUUCGCUGACCCCCAGGACAUCGCCAUGGCCGCUAUCGCGCAUCAGUUGCGACCGGGCGGCACUUUUGCCACGGCCGGCUUUGGUCCUGCGCGGUUUCACGAUGUCCGCCUGCAGAGCUUGUGGGAUCGCAUUAGCCGCGAGGGUGGACGACAGCUCCUUAAAAAGGCCAAUGAUCCUAUGGAGACUGCGCGGGUUAUGCUACGAACGCAGGGAACGUAUAACGUUGCCCCUCUGCCGCGAGGGACUUUCGCCCCGGGCGCGCUGCGAAUCCAUCUCAAUAUGACAAACGCGGGCAUUCAGAGCAUGCUGCCUCUAGAUGAUGUCUAUCAAAACACAUCUGAACCGAAUUACACGGGGCCGGACGAUGUCAAGAUCUACGAGGACGACGAGGGCUGGAGCUUUGAGACGGACCUGGCGGGGGUGAAGGAGCAUUUUGAGUCUUUCCCAUUUGUGUCGCAAUUUCCCGGUGCCUUCACGGACAUGUACCGAGAAUUAGACGAUCUUCUCGCGGAUGGGAAACCUGUACGGGGCUAUUUCCCGGUCAAGGUCAUCUUAGCGACGCGGUCUUAG